CUUCUGGUCCAUUUAUGUAUUUACCUGUAGAAAUUGACUCACAAACUAUUGCAGCUCUUUUAGAUACUGGCAGUAGCAUUAAUGUAAUGUCUCAAUCAUUUUAUGAUCAACUAUCUGUAAGGGUAAAGACCAAUAUUGAUACCAGUGCUGCGGUAGAUAUAGGCUUAGCUGAUUCAAGUAAAAUACCAGUGUUGGGUACUGCUUAUAUCAAAGCUAAAACCCCAUAUGGCUCAUGUACACUCAAUGUGUAUGUUUUACACCAUACCUCCCACCCUCUCAUUUUGGGCUCAAACUUUAUGACAAAUAAUUCCAUGGUCUUAGAUUUUGGUUGUUUACAAGUUGGUUUCAAGAAGCUAAAAGUAAGGUGUAGGACUUCCCUCACCAUAAAUCCCAACUCUGAAUGUUUGGUAUGGUGUAAACUACCUAAAGGUUGUACUAUAGGUUUACAAGGGGUGUGUUCUUGGAGUAAGAAAGCUAUGAAAGCUGGUUUACUGGUUGCAAGAUCUGUUAGCACAGUUAAUCCUACCAGGAAAAUACCUAUUAAGCUUCUCAACCCAGGGAAUUCAACCAUUACUAUCCCCCGUUACACAGUGCUGGCUGAUUUUGAGGCCAUGGACAGCCCAUAUCAUGUCAUUGUACAAAAUUCUGAUGGGUUAUGUAAUAAUGUUACCACAAGUAAUGGUCACAAGGAUUUUGAGAAGCCAGUGUACCAGUUUAGAGACAUUUUUGUAACUGAUGAAAACCCCUUACUUGGAUUUACUAAUGUUGUUGAACAUAGAAUCAAUUUAAAAUCUGAUGCAGUUUCUAAACAUCAUAAGCCAUAUAGACUGUCCCCUGACAAAAGGGAAGUAUUGAGAACUCAACUAACCAACUUAAUGAAUCAGGGCAUUAUUGCCCCAGUUGAUGAGAAGGAGGACAUUCCUAUAUCCAGCCCCAUAGUUCUAGUGUUAAAGCGUAAAUCUGCAGAUAGUUAA